CAGCAAGGCCCAGGCGGCCUCUGCCGGGAGGCCACCCCUGCUGAUGGCCACCUCCGUCUGCCCGUCUCUCCUGCAGGUGUGGGUGCCAGCCAGGUGAUGGCCGGGGGCUCCGGCCCCGUUCAGGUGAAGGACUCCCCUCUCCUGCUCCAGCAGAUCGAGGCCAUGCAGCUCUCCAUCAAGCACCUGAAAAACGAGAAUAACCGGAUGAAGGGAGCCCAGAUGAGGAGGGAGUUGGCAUCGCUGCCCCCCCUGCACGUCCCCAAGCUCUCGCUGCCCAAGGACAGGCAAGGGGAGGAGGUGGUGUCCAGCUCGCUGUACCGCAAGACCAGCCGGCUGCUGGAGACCCUCUACCAGAUGAGUGCCAAUGCCCAGGUGGUGGACGUAACGCGGCGUAAGGCAGUGGGCAGUCCAGCAGCUCAGCUCCUGGAGCAGACCACCCGCCUGGCAUCCCUGAGCGAAGCCAUUGAGAAGCUGAAGGAUGAAGUCAGGAAGGAGACGAUCCUGCAGCACCCUGGGGCCAGCAUCCCUACCGACUUCGGCACGUUCCCCUCGGCGCCUUUCCUGAAGGCCAAAGAGGAGGAGAAGGACAGCGCCAUCUACGUGGGCCGCGUGACCUUCCCCUGCCAGCCGGGCCAUGGGCAGCGGUACAAGCUGGUGCUGACACCAGAACAGCUGCACAAACUCCACAGCCGCCUGAACUCCUAGGAGAGCCGCCUGCCUCUGCGGUGCCCUGCCUAUGCCGCCCGCUGCGCCACGGCUCCCCUUCCCAGAGGCCAGAGGGGGAGUCGGUCUUUGCGGUGAGACGGGAGGGCGGCUUUGAUGGAGAAGAGAUGCUUCCUCGUGCCUUCUCUUCACGGCCUUCCUUUAUCCUCUGCCGUUUCGGUUAAGGAUCCCAAACGGGGUUCCCUGGUGGGAAGAGCCCAGGGAUCCACAAGCACUACAGGACGGAUCCUUUCUUGCAUGUCGACGUCCUUGGAGGGGAUUGGAGAUGGAUCAAUAAAGCUCUCUGCAACC